AUGGACGUGGGAUGUCGAGGCGCCCGGCUCCUGGCAGCGGUCCUCGUCCUGGGCCUGUGCGCCCCGGCGGGAGCCGAGAAACCUUCCCCCUGCCAGUGCUCCAGGACGAGCCCCCAGACCAGGAAGAACUGUGGCUUCCCUGGCAUCACCAGUGACCAGUGCUUCAAGGCGGGGUGCUGCUUCGACUCCAGCGUCGUGGGGGUCCCCUGGUGCUUUGACCCCCUCCCGAAGCAAGAGUCGGAGGAGUGUGUCAUGGAGGUGUCAGCCCGCAGGGACUGCGGCUACCCAGGCAUCAGCCCCCAGGAGUGCGCCUCUCGCAAGUGCUGCUUUUCCGACGUGAUUCCUCAGGUGCCCUGGUGUUUCUUCCCGCUCCCCGUGCAAGGUACUGUCACUGUGGACGAGCCCUGGACACGGAGGGCCCUGGGGGGCGGGGCUACACAGAGGGUCCUGAGCUGCACUCGAGGCCCAGAUGCCACCCCAGGCCAGGGCCCCUCAACCCCGGGUGGCUGUUGCAGGACGCGAGUGUACAGAUGGCGAGCUGCUGUACUGUGAGGCCACUGUCCCUGAAGGCAUCCUGGACAGCUGCUGUCCAGCUGCGUGGUGGCUCCAGCAGUCCCGCUGUGUCCCGGGCUGGUUUAAAAGCAUCUCGUCCUCAGCCCCGGGUCCUGGCACAGCGUGGUGGCCUCGCCCAUUUUA